ACCUCAUCAUCCGUAGCCUUCAGAACUACCAUACAUCACCAUCAUCAUAUCAAAGCCUUCCACUUGAAGCUGAGUCUAUCUCACCUUUCAAUUUCAUCCAUGGAGUUAGACCAUGCUUUGGACUUCGAGGACUACUUCCCUUCCAUGAUUUCGCGCCUCGGCGCAGAAGGGUUCAUUGGGGAGCUUUGCAAUGGGUUCAGUCUACUUAUGGACGCACACAAGGGGUUGAUCACGUUUGAGAGCUUGAAAAUGAAUUGUUCCUUAUUAGGUUUGGAGGUGAGGGAUGAUGAGCUGUUGUGCAUGUUAAUGGAAGGUGAUUUGGAUGGAGAUGGUGCCCUAAGCCAAAUGGAAUUUUGCAUUCUCAUGUUUAGGCUUAGUCCAUGCUUGAUGGAUGGAGAUGCACCUAAAUUGUUUACUCAAAGUGUUGAUCCCAUGUUAGUAUAAUUUAAUGUAAGUGUUAUUACUUAUUAGUAUCUGGUCUAAUUGAAUUGUGCUAGCUUCUAUAUGUUUAUCUUCAUUAAGUUGGAAGGAAGAUUUGUAUUUGUUUAGAUAUAUUAUAUGUAUGUAUAGUAGAGUAUU